AUGAACAGUUUAAAGAUUUGGCCACGUGACGGCGUUGCAUCAUGGCUGCGAAAACUCAUAGCGUAGGCAAAUACAAUAUUUCCAAUCUAAAGGAUAUAAUCAGGACAUAUGAAACAUGGCUGUAAAUUUCCCCUAAUUUGUGCACGAAACUGUCACAAUGUUUUGGCAUGUAUGGCAGGAGUUCCAGUUCACUUCCGUGUUUUCCACUGUCAACAUAGUGACAUUGGUUGUGUUCAUUGUUGUUUACUAUUGUGUACAAGAGUACAAACGACGUAGAAAUGUCGCUAACAUUCCCCCGGGUCCUACACCAUGGCCUUUAGUCGGUAAUUUUGGAGGCUUCCUUGUUCCGUCUUUCAUUUCAAGACGAUUCGGGCGAAAUCGGGAGGAAUAUGCGCAGAGGACACCAAAUCCUGUUUCGCCACAAGUUGGUCUGAUGGAACUUUCAAAAAUCUAUGGGAACAUAUACAGUAUAUUUGUGGGCAGCCAACUUAUGGUUUUGCUUACUGGCUAUGAAGUAGUCAGAGAUGCUCUCUCCAACCAUGCAGAGGUGUUCUCUGACAGGCCAGAUGUACCAAUCAUCACGAUCAUGACAAAGAGAAAAGGAAUCGUUUUUGCACCCUAUGGUCCAGUGUGGAGAAAACAACGCAAGUUUUGCCACAGCACUUUACGUAGCUUUGGCCUAGGAAAGCUCAGUUUAGAGCCUUGCAUAUUGGAAGGUGUUUCUAUUGUUAAAAGCGAACUUUUAAGUCUCAGCAAUGAGUCUGGAGAAAUGGGUGUUGACCCGACACCACUAAUUAGCAAUGCUGUGUCCAACGUCAUUUCUUCCAUAAGCCUGGGACAGCGUUUUCACCACCAGGACCAGGAGUUCAGAACUCUGCUGGAUCUUAUGGCCCGUGGACUUGAGAUCAGUGUGAACAGCCACGCUGUACUCAUCAACAUCUUCCCCUGGCUUUACCACAUGCCCUGUGGUGUGUUCAAGGAGCUGCGGCAGGUGGAGGGUGACAUCACAGCAUUUCUUAAAAGGAUCAUUGCCAGACACAGGGCCACUUUAGAUCCAGAGAACCCUAGGGACCUCAUAGAUAUGUACCUUGUGGAGAUGCUGGCCCAGCAAACUGCAGCAGAACCCACAGAGAACACCUUCUCAGAGGACUACCUUUUUUACAUCAUAGGCGACCUCUUCAUCGCAGGAACCGAUACCACUACCAAUUCCAUGUUGUGGAUACUGCUCUACAUGUGUUUAUAUCCUGACAUCCAAGGUACACAGUCUAUAGACAAACAGGACACCAUGGGCCCUAGAUUGGCAGAGAAAGUUCAGGAGGAGAUUGAUGCAGUGAUUGGCCGAGACAAGGUUCCAUCACUGACAGACAAAGGAUGCCUGUCGUUCACCGAGGCAACUAUAAUGGAGGUCCAGAGAAUGACGGUGGUGGUUCCGCUGGCAAUUCCUCACAUGGCCUCAAAGACCACAGUGUUCCGGGGUUAUACCAUUCCAAAGGGUACGGUGAUCAUCCCAAACCUGUGGUCUGUCCACAGAGACCCAUCUGUGUGGGACAGUCCAGAUGACUUCAAUCCUUCACGGUUUUUGGAUGAACAGGGGAAGCUGCUGAGAAAAGACUAUUUCAUUCCAUUUGGAAUAGGCCGCAGAGUGUGCAUGGGAGAGCAGCUUGCCAAGAUGGAGCUCUUCCUGAUGUUCACCAAUCUGAUGCAGGCGUUCACAUUCAGAUUCCCCAAAGGAAAACCACCUCCACCCAUGCACGGCCGCUUCGGUCUCACAUUGGCCCCUUGCCCAUACACUGUCUGUGUGACACCCCGCUGACUAAGUGUUAAAGGUUAAAGGUGUGGUCCGCUAUUGUUGCUUUAGGAGGAUGGGAGGGAGGGGUGUAUAUUGAUUUGACUGUUGAGCUGAAAUGUCAAGAACCUUUUACCAGAAUCACAGACUCUGAGCAUGAACCGUUCCAUUGGCUGACCCUGUCCAGAAGAUCUUGUCCCACGGAAGCUUAAGUGGGAUGGGGCAGGUAUUUUGCUGACUGCUGACAUUUCUUUUGGUUGAUAGCAUUUCACUAAAAAUGUGUGCACUUUAAUACAAUCAGGGAACUUAAUGUAAACCUUUAUUUGCUGAUGCUGCUAUGUGUACUGUAAUCUUGUAAAACAAAGAAAACGAAUAUUAUCUGUUUUACACAUAAGAAAUGUGUGAUCCAGUAAAGCUAUUGCACCAUGUCAUUUCAGUUCACCCAGUGUUGAUGAUUAAUUGCUCAUUUAUUGUCCUGGAAUAUGUCAAAUGGCCUGGUUGGCACUGUUAAUAAACCUUUUUUAGCGACAA